AUCCGGAAAAGCCCGCCAAAACAGAAGUAAACAAAGAUCCUCAAUCUUGCUCAAUUUUCUCACUUUUUGGCGUUUUCUUUUGUAUCUUGGAUUGUAUUCGAAGGCUUGUACGUAUUAUUACGUUGAGUCCGCCGUAGAAAUUGGAAUUUAUACAGGUAGAUUUCAAUGAUGAUGUUCAAUGUGUGUGACUUGCCAAUAUUUAUAGGGGCAGCACCCCCCCCCUGGUGAUCUUUGACUGGUAUACAGGUAUAGCGAAUGACUCACAGGAAUAAGGGUUAGGAUUAUGUGUGGGAUUAGGAAUAGUUUAAUGGUAGAAUCCUUGAAUGUAAAACCAUGUGAUAAGUGUUUCAGUUCAAAUGACUUCACAAAACACCUCCGGUUAAACUGCGGGUACACCGCCACCGGUGAGAUACUGGCACACAGGGGCCGGUGGCCCAGUGUCCAAAACUGGUUUAAAAUUUAACCUGUCAUCAUGGUUUGUGUAUUUUAACCUGUCAUCAUGGUUUGUAUUUUCCUGUUCAUUUCAAAACUUUAGAAAAUAAAAUUUCUGAUGAUCCAGACAAGAUUUCUGGGAAAUCUAUAUAAAACAGCUUGUUGGGGGAUUAAGCUAACCAGCUUUAGUACAACUACCCCUAGGGGUACACCUCAGUGGGGUACACCCGUUUCCUCCACUAGGGAAAAUAUUGAGAACCGUCCAAGUCUGUCAGCCACAUUUUCUUAUGUGCAGUGUGCACAUGUUUUUGCGAGAGUUUUACCUCACAAAGUGUGCAGUUAAUACAAAACAAAGGAGUCAAUAUAUUCUCUUGUUCCAUAGAUGUCUGAAGAGACUGAUCCUCCAGUAUCACCGUCUAGCGCCUUGCUGCAAAGUUGGUUGAAUAAAAUCAUCAAAGUAAAGAUCUCUGAUGGUAGACGACUAAUAGGAUCAUUCUUGUGUACUGAUCAAGAAAUGAACAUUAUUCUUGGAUCAUGCCAAGAGUUUGUGUAUGGCGAAGGUAAUAUAAAUAAUUGGUAAUAAAUUAUUUAUAAUAAAGAACGUUACUAAAGAAUUAUUAACAAUUCAGUAUUGGGCCAAUAAGUGUUAGAUGUGUAAUACACCAGUCCGGAAAGUAUGCUAACAUUGACUAUUAGCCUCAUUUUAGGGAUUGAGAUGAUAGGCUUGAACAAAUAAUGUCACAUACACAAAAACAAGGCUCUAUAGCCAAAGCCGAACACAUAUAGGGAAACGCUUGGUUUUCAACUUUACACAUAUUGACGAUUAAAGGUAGGGUACAGUCCGUUUGUAAACAAACUUAGCCUUUGUUUACAUUUCAGUAUUCAAAAUAUUGAACUUUAUUCGACAACUUUUAUAUUUUUAUGCUUCUACAGUAAAUUAUCAAGAUACAACAAUCAGGCUUUGCAAUUACAUAAAAUGAAAUAAAAACCUAAUUAAAGUGUUUAUAUCACGGCAGGAGACUACUAUAUGCGCAUGCGCAGACCGUACCAUACCCUGUCUUUAAAAUUUAUAUUUUGUGGAAGUGAGCAAAUUUCGCCAAAAUUACAUGCAUUUGCCACCAAACACAAAGUCAAUUACAUGUACACAAUGAAAAAUUAACUCGCUCUGGUAACUGUGUUUCUUUUUGGAGUUCACCACCAAGCGCUAAAUGUACCACAUGACUUAAACCCAGCUAUUGUGCCUUUCUGUUCAUUUCUGUGAUGGUGGUUCAUUUCCCAUGAGUUCUCCGUGUGUGAUUGCUUGCCUUCUCCAGGUAGUUGGGUUUUCUCCUGCAGUAACACUGGAGCAAUAUGAUAUUACCAACACUGGACCUCUAGGGUUACAGUUAUACUUUAUGUCCGACUACCUGAAAAGAUUCACUACCUACGCCGGACCCCAUGUUUUAGAUAUGAACUUUCUUUGCAAAGGCACCCAACAUCUUUAAAUGAUAUAUUUUCUAGAUUAUGAGAAUGAAGAACCAAGAAUAUUAGGUCUUGCCAUGAUUCCUGGAAAACACAUUGUCUCGUUAGAAAUUGAUGAACAGCCAACAUCUGAGAGAGAUAAAAACACUUUAAAUGAAACAAAUAACUUGUCACCAGAAACAGAACCAUUACCUACUACCUGAGGAUGGAAAAUCUGUCCAUUCUACUGUAGUUAUACAAAGAAACACCAGAACUUCUUCCUAUGCUCAGUAUACAACUGUGGCAGAACUGACGAUUUACGAUGUAACCUAUCCCCUGUGCUGGGAUCUCCAAUGACUAGUGUACAGUAUUAUAAACAGUAUAAAAUAUUUUUGUAGAAUAUACAUGUACCAAUUAAAGCUUUUUUACUUGCACCUGGUUUUGGGAAAAUUUAUGAAACAAUUUUUUCCAUAUCUUCCAUCUUCCAUAGGAACUUGUAAAAACACUUCAAUUUUAAUUUCCUUGUAUCUAGCAACUAAUCUUCAUUCCUGACAUUUUGCUUAACCCAUUAAGUUGCAUUGGCAUUGCACCCUUUUUAUUUUACUCUGUCUAAAGCAUGCCGCGCACGAGAGAAACUUGCUGAGCUACGCACGUAAAAACGCACAAGUUGUUACAGGUCUGCAAACAAGUUUUUUCAACUCUGUUCACAAGCUGCUUGUUCCCAGUUGUUGGAACAAGCUGUUAACAACUUGUAACAAGCUUGAUGGCAUUAUCAGAAUUGUAGCAAAGUUGUUCUAACAAGUCUGAUACAGCCAUGAUAUAACAAGAAUGUUACAAGGUUGAUGACACGAGGUUGUAACAAUAUUGUUAUAUCAUGACUGUAUCGGAAUUGUUCGACAGUUGCAACAAGUCUGAUAAUACAACUAGGUUGUUAGAAGUUGUUAACAGUUUGUUCCAAACUUGUUGACACUGUACUUGGGACAUGCCAAAAGAUGCGAGACUUUUGCGUGUGUAACUGCCUCGCGUGGUGGCUAGCACAGGCACAGUAACAUAUAUAAUAUUUUCUUGGUUUAGAAAUAAAAGAAGCAGUAAAAUACAACUCAUGAAUGUGUAAAAUUUAUUUAAAUAUAUUUAUAUUUAAUUACAUGCACACAAUAAUUUUAAGACACAUCAGGCCUGAAAAGUGGGAAUCCACGGGAUCCUUUAUGAGAAUAUUUGGCUUUAAACAAGAUUAAAGGAACAUUUUAAAUUUAAACUUGUUAGAAAAGCCUUGUAACAAGUCUGAUAAUGCCAUCAAGCUUGUUAGAAGUUGUUAACAGCUUGUUCGAAACUUGUUUAUACAACAACUAGGAACAGGCAGCUGUGCGGACACAACUUGUCGACAGCUUGUGAACAGACUUGUAACAACUUGUUUGCAGACCUGUAACAACUUGUACAAUAGCUGCUAAUGAUAUUCUUUUGUUAGCGUUCCUCCAACUACACACGUAAAAAUCUUGUCAACAAGAUGUGUUCGCAACAGGCUUGUAGCAAGCUUGUCGAUCAACAAGUUGUAACAAAUGCUGUUAUUGUAUCAAGUUGUUACAAGAUCGUCACUCACAACGUGUUGACAAAUUGUUGAAUUGCAGGACGAUAACAAGUUGUUGGAACAACUUGUAACAAGUCUGUUGAGCUCAAUAACCUUGUAAAGCAAGUUGACAACAAGCCGUUGACAACUUGUCAACAAGCUGGGAAUAAGCAUACAGUGCGAACAUAUCCUGUUGACAAGUUGUUGGAACAGCAUUGCUACAAGUCUGCUGGCAGGUUUGUUACAACUUGUGCCUUUUUACCACUGGUUUUCAUGUGUGUAUCAGUGGUUCGCCAACACGGCCGCCAUGACGUCAUGUGCAAACGAAGAAUACAUUGCCGCGCAUACUUUUGAAGAACAUUCAUUAAACAAAUUCAGGAUCCGAGGAACACUUUUACGAGGUCUGAAAUCAAUGUAUGCAUGCUAUCUAUAGUAACUAUAAUAUAUACCCGUGACAUGCUGAAUCUUUAAUUUUCUGCCAGCAGAAAAUAAAGCGCAAAUUCAUAUAAAGAAUAAAAGACUCAUGCGUACGCAUAUUAGAACUGCUGGAGAAAAAAUCCAAUUGGUAAAGAACUAGUUUUGUUAUCAAUUUAAGAAAUUUAUCUUUUCUCUGUGCGAAAAAAAAUACGAUUAUAAUGCUCAGAAGAAUGAGAAUUACAUUCAUUUAUUUAUUUAUUUAUUUUUAUUAUUUUAUUUUAUUCAUAAAAGCCCAAGGCUAAGUGUUGCCUAAUUACCUGCGACCAGGCGUUCUCGCAGGGUGUUUCCUGGCCUGAGCUAGCCUGCAUGGCAGGCGGUCUUUCACAGACUUGCCCGAUUUUAGGGACCGCCUGCCAUGCAGUCUAGGCCUGAGCAGAUUUUUGUUUUGUUGCCCUAAUAUCCGCGGAUGGAAUGGCAAGCCAACCCACCCGCAAAAUAGAGUAUAAAACCAAGGUCUGUGCUCAGGCUAAUUAAAGCCCAUUUCCACUUAGGAAAAUUUUCCGCAGAAAGAAAAUUUUGUAAAAUGUGAUUGGUCGACAAAAAUUUUCCGUCGGAAAAAAAUUUUGAACUUUAAAAUUUUCAACUUUUAACAAUGGUAUUUUCGGAACAUUUUCUGUCGGUGGAACAUUUUCUUGAGUCGAAAUGGGCCUUAAGGGUUACCAUAAAUUUUCAAAAUAAAAUUCUUCCAAACAUGUAUACUGUUUAACUGUCUGGUGAUUCUAAAUCCCUAUUUUGUAACAAAAUAUAAAUACUGAUUGUACGAUUACAAUAUUUCGUAAGAAUAGUUCAAUUUAAAUUUAAAUAUAUACGCGUUAUUCAUCUCAAUUUGUAGUUUUUACUAACAAACUGAGCAUAAGUCAUUGCUUGUUCACAUAAAUAAAUAUAAACUUAACGCAUUUUUUUCAUUAACCCGAAACAUUAGUUGUUACUAUAAAUAACUGGGUAUAAUAUAUAGUCGAAUUUUCUCUUAAAUAAUAGCUAUUGUAUAGCCAAAAAAUAAUCAUAUUAUCAUAAUCUAAAUACGUGGCUUUCAGCAUAUUAUAACUAUAGCUACUAUCCCCAAUAUUGCGUCAGUAUAGAUCAGCCAUAUCAUCGAAUUUGCCUUCGCAUCUCGAUUUCCAGUAACCACCUUGGUAUGUAUGACAUGAAGUAUUUGAGUCUGGGUCUUCUAAUAGUUUAAACCACCUGUUGGGAAGCAAAUGAGUUGUUUUAUCCAAGUU